UGCAGUGAGUUCAGCACCCAGGAAGGGGACGCACCAUAGGACAGUCCCAUCAGGAGACCCCCUCACUGAGCCAGCGGCCAGAGGAGCUGGUGUUGGUUCGUCGGGUCUGACAUCGGUCCUGCGAGAAAGAAGAGUCCUGUUUGUUCUGACCCCAUCAGUCCAUCACCAUGGGAGAAUGGACCAUCCUGGAGAGGCUGCUGGAGGCAGCUGUCCAGCAGCACUCCACCAUGAUUGGAAGGUGGCCAGACAAAGGAGACCAAAGGGAUGUCCGUGUUGCUCUGUUUCUGCUGGAUAUGAUCCUGCUGACAGUGGUGGUGAUCUUUCGUAUCUUAAUAGUUGGGAUAGUUGGCGAGAAGGUGUAUGAAGACGAACAGAUCAUGUUCAUCUGUAACACUAUGCAGCCCGGCUGUAACCAGGCGUGUUACGACAAGGCGUUCCCCAUCUCGCACAUCCGCUAUUGGGUGUUCCAGAUCAUCCUGGUGUGCACGCCCAGCCUUUGCUUCAUCACCUAUUCUGUCCACCAGUCUGCCAAAGCACGUGAUCGAAGCUAUUCUUUGCUCCAUUCCCACAUGGACCACCAUGGGCAUGGCCACCACGGCCGCCACCACGACCAUCAUGUUCGCAAACUUCAUUCCCGCAACAUCAAUGGCAUCCUGGUGCACCCUGAAAGCAAGGAUGACCAUGAUAUGGAUGUCAAGGAGAUCCCAAACGGACCCCGCGGGGCUAUCCCAACACACAAAAGUGCAAAAGUACGGCGGCAGGAGGGCAUCUCCCGUUUCUACGUCAUCCAGGUGGUGUUCCGGAACGCGCUGGAAAUUGGCUUCUUGGCCGGCCAGUACUUCCUGUACGGCUUUAACGUCCCAGGGAUGUUCGAGUGUGACCGUUACCCAUGUGUGAAGGAGGUGGAGUGCUACGUGUCUCGUCCGACAGAAAAAACUGUAUUCUUGGUCUUUAUGUUUGCCGUAAGCGGCAUAUGCGUUCUGCUCAACCUGGCCGAGCUCAACCACCUGGGAUGGAGGAAGAUAAAGUCAGCCAUGCAGGGCGUGCAGGCCCGGAGGAAGUCUAUCUGUGAAGUACGAAAGAAGGAUGUCUCACACCUGUCCCAGGCCCCAAACCUGGGCAGGACGCAGUCCAGCGAGUCAGCAUAUGUCUGACAGAGGCUUCCCCGCCCGGGAGCUCGAGGACCUUUAACACUUUGGGCCAGAGCGUUUCCCUGGCCUGGCCACUGAAUCCUCACCAUCACCAUUAAGAGCACAGACUCUGUGUAGUCACAACAAAAAAAAGUCACCAAGCUGAGUUUUGUGGACACUUGAAGAGAAAAGAAUCACUUUCUUUAUAACGAGAGACCAAAAACUUCUUCUCCAUCUCUCUCGGUGACACCAGGUGCUUACAGAGAACCGAGUACUGAAACAUUUACAAAUAACACUAAGAGGUUCAAAAAAAUCAAUUGUUCUUUAAUAGUUGCCUUUGCUGUGGAUCAGAGAAAAGAUUAUAUCAUUUUCCAUAUAUGUGUGCAUAUGCAAUAGCUUCAGCGAGAGCAUGCAUGCAUAUGCAUGAGUGGGUGUGUUAGGGAAACUGAAUGCUAAAUUAUUCUGAAUUACGAAAGUAAGAUAGAAUAGUCACUUGAUGGAUAAAUAAGCACUUUUAAAAAAAAACAAAACAACAUAAUCUAUUAGCACUAGAACGAUCAGCAUAAACUGGAACACACCAUUUAUUGUUGUUGCUGCAGGGUUUUUUUGUUAUUUUGUUUUAUAAAGUCGCUCUUCUUUUUCUUGUGCUUUGUUGGAUUAGCUGCCGAGCAAAGGACAGAGCGAAGUUGAUUUUUAUUUCCAACACUGUGGCGGUGUACUUUGCUGCUCCUGGUUCCUCCCAGAGCGGCAAAGAAAUUCGUGCCAGUAUCUUCACUUUAGCUUGUAAGAUGCUCUUUAUGUUAGGAGAGCAGGAUGGAAAUACAUGCAAAACUUUCUCAGUGAAACAGGGGGGAAAAAAAGAAAUAACUUUGUCACAAGUAUUUUAACGUGUAACCUCAAACCUUUUUCACAAGCACAUUUGGUGCCAUAUUUCAGAGCUACUGUACAUAGAUGAACUCUAGUUAAAUACACUUAGCCUUUUACCCUAUCAUGUAUGGAUAGGCUCUAUGUGGGAAGGCAGCAGCAGUUUGGGUGCUUCUGAUAAUUAACCAUAGAUUGCCUGCUUUAAUAAUAUUUAGCAUUGAUGUGCUUUUUGUUAUGCCUUCACUCUCCCUCAUAUGGAGACUCUAUGUCCCAAGAAGUGAUUUCUUUUCCCCCUCCUUGGACUUUGAAAAAGGCAUGUUACAGACGCAUUAAUAGAAUGGAAUAGAAUAUGAAAUGUAACUUAAAAAGACACAGUUUUAUUUAUUCGCAUCCUGCUCCAAUGAAAUGUAAUAAUCAGCAUGCAUGAAGAUGAAAAAUAUAAAGUGAUUGAAAGAAAUCCUGUUUUAUGGGAAAGCAUAAAAUCAGACAGGCGCCUCAACUGCAGCAAUAAUAGACUACAAUAUGUGAAAAGAAAUAUGUGAAUAAAUGAUUAUGCAGUGAUUUUUUGGGGGGUUGUUCUGUGUUUUAUAGUGACUAAUGGUGCUGCAUGAUGGGUUGGGGGAAAAAGGUCAGAGCGGGCAGUCAAUUACAUGAACCGGAAAAAUAAAACCACACACAUCAGCACAAUGAACCCUGAGCAUGAAAAGCAAGAAUUUAUUGCACCGAUAAAUCCCACCCUUUGGUAUUAAAUUAUAAAUAAAUGUACUGUAGAUCUAUCAUGCAUUUAGGCAGAAGUAACCUACAUUUAUACUGUAUAUACAGUCCCUCGCAAAAGCAAACACGCUCCAUAAACUUUUACACAUUCCACCCCAUCACGGCCAGAAAUAUAAUCUAUUUCAGUGUGAUUUCAUUUAAUAAACUAAUUUAAAACUGGUGUUUAAAUGCAAGUGGAGGAAAAAAUUAUUAUGUUUUUUUAUGUUUAUUGAUAAAAGUAUGAAUCCUUUUAACACAUCUAACGGUUGAUAUGUUCUUCUUUAAUCUUUACAGAUUAAUAAGAGGUCAGUAACAUUGCAAGGAGAACAUCACCGUUAAAAUCUCCUCACAUUGUCUACAGGAUAUUCAGGGCUCUGUCCGAACACCCGCCCUAACCUGACUAUAUAGUGGACUUUAUAGUGAAUUCAGUUAACUGACUGUUUGGACAGGUGAUCACUACUUUUUGCUCCAGUUUGUCAUGUAACUUUGCCUCCCUGCACAGUGCGUGUUCCAUCUUUGUUUUUUGUCACCGCUGUCACUACCUGGCAGCGCACCGGUGUCAUAACAAAUCCCAUGAUGCUUUGUGAGGCGAGCUUUUGCAAAGCAAUCUGGGACCAUGGAUGAUCACUACUUUUUAAGGUGCAUUGUGAGAAAUUUCAAAUCCACUACUUUUUCAUCUAGACAUUUGGACACAGCCCAUGUGUUAGGACUGCCUAUUUAAGGUCUGCGAUUGAGACAUUAUAGAAUUGAGAGUAUAUUUAAUGCUACUGACUGGCUGGUUUGGAUUUAGAUCAAAUUUUGUAUGAUUUUAACAAAGAACUGUUUGUUAUAGUAAACUAUAAAGACUCCCUUCAACAG